GACGUUUUCAGAGACGACCCCCACUCACCACCAGCCUGCCCAGAACACCGAAUCAAACGUUGCAUGUUUUGCUUCACGUCGUCCAAAAAAGAAGAGGAAGAAGAAAAAAGAAGAACUUAAAAGUUUUUACUCACACUUGAGUUUCAUUUUUGGGCCACAAAGCUGCUCGUCCCUCCUAACGUUUACUAGCUGGGAUUUACUCAAACCUUUUGCUGGAUUAGUAUUUUUUUUGUUUUUUUUGGGUGGAAUUAUGGCAGAGGAACUCAAUUAUGUGACAGUCAAAUUCAACUCUCACCACCUGCCGAACAACGCCGUGGUCUACGAAGACGUGAGGAGCAAGGUGGACACGUGGGCACAGCAGCGCGUCACCCAAGAGAAGUGCGGCGAAGUGGAGGAAAUCUACGAUGACGUGAGGACCAAGGAGUUACCUUGCAGUCUGCCUCACAUGUUCCAAGAAAACGUGUCGAAAGUGUCGCGCCACAUACCUGCCACCCUGGCAGUGGCCACUCUGGGUGUCCUUUGCGUCAUCCUCAUAUCUGUCAUCAUCGCCCUCACCCUGCACCUGAACGUUGUCACCGCCGAGCAACGCCGGCAGAACGUCAACCUGACGGCUCAGAACGAGCACGUGCGGGCCGAGCUGGAGCUAUUGCGGGAACGAGCUCAGGUGCUGAGUUCGGAGCGGGACCAGCUCAACUGGACCAUGGGCAUGGUCCUCCAGUACGACAGUUUCCCCGUCAUCACCUACUGUCCGCAAAGAGUUUUAAGCCUGUGCAAGCCGUGCAUGGAUGACUGGCUGCUGUUCGGCUCCAAGUGUUACUUGUUUGUGCACUCACCUUACUCCAGCAGUUGGAAGGACUGGCAGGACAGUGUUGAUGACUGCAGGUGGAAGAAUGCACACCUGCUGCUCAUUGAAAGCCAGGAAGAACAGGAGUUCAUCACAAAACACACGAGGUACUACCAAGACGACAAGCACGGCUACUGGAUAGGCCUAAAAAAGACCGAACUCUCGGAGAACUGGAAGUGGAACGAUGGACGCAACCUCACUCUGGCGUUCUGGAGAGAUGAAAUCUAUUACAUCAAAAACCGCUGCGCUAUGACGUCAAAGUCGCAGACAUCAACGUCGCUGGACAACUGGAGAAUAGAAUAUUGCAACAUGAAGAACAGAUUUAUCUGUGAAACCAAUGUCUUCACCAAACUUGAUCUACACUAAUACAUCACUUUCAUACAAAACAAAUACACACCCAAUCUGUCUGUGAAGCUAGCUGUGAUAGGUAAGUGUAGCCAACAAGAAUGCUCGCAAGACAACUCGAGGUGCCUCGUGAGCACUCAGGCUAAGUAUAGCACAGGAACUAUCUGGUUAGCUAACUUGCCAAACCUCGCUUAAUACCGAGCUGGUUCCAAGGUAAGUAGUUGGUAAGUUGAGGUAAAUAGCUCAUGAGAAGACUCUCAAGGUAAACUUAGCAAAAUCCUAAAUAAUAAUAUAAAUUGUAGCUAGCGAGCUAAGUAGCCAACAAGAAAAAUUGGCAAACCAAAUCUAGUUUAGUAAUAUCUGAUUUAAGUAGCUAACUAGAAACAUCUCGUUCAGUAGCUAGCUGGUUAGCUCAUGAGCGGAGUAGAUAGCUUGGCAAGUCGUAGCUAGCUGGCUAGUGAGAAAGCUUUCAAGCUAAAUCUGGUUCAGUAGCUAGCAGUCAAGUAGCGCACUAGCGAGCUUGGCAAUUCAAAACUAGCACAGUAGCUAGCUGGUUAAGUAGCAAACUAGACAAUUGGGCAAGCCAAAUUUAGCUUAAUAGCUAAGUAACUACAAAACAUCCAUGCACAGUCUGCCUUUGCGCCAUGUCAUCGUUUAAUUUAACGAAUGUAAACUAAAAUACCCUGAAGGCAUC